CUCGAAAUCGAUACUUUUGUCCAGUGCAGAAUCUCAACUGAUCCUUCACAAAGUAACGUACAAACGCAACAUUUCCAAUCUUACUUCCGUAAUGCCAUUUACGACAGCGCUCUCAGGUGACUUGAUUUAUUCAAAGAGUGGCAAUAUAUUGGACAAUCUUGAAUCUAUUUCGGUGACAACUCAGUCCCGAAUGGCAAGUCUUUCAAGAUAUAACGUUGCGCAUUAUGUCACUUGCUAUUCAGCCAAGCAAUUACUAUAAGGUAACUUAGUGGCUAUUCCGACCUAGGAAUAGACUCGUCCUUCACGCUGCUCGCAUUUGAAGAUCGUUUUCAUUGGUAUUUACGUCUUAAAUCAUUCCUAUCUUCAUAGGCAAUAUAAAUGGGCAAUGUACGCUGACCGAGAAAGCUCAACAUCGACGUCCAUCUCCCCCCUCUCUCGAAGGAAAAGUAGCUAUCGUCACUGGAGGGCGUCGAGGUCUUGGACUAGAAAUGGCCGAAGCGCUUGCCGAGGCUGGCGCGACCGUUUACUGCUUAGCAGUGAGGCACCGAACGAAGAUUGG